UUGUAUUUUUACCAUUUUGUUUCUGAAAGAAUCUCGUACUCAAUGAGUGACCCCGCUGACCCCGUGUCGGGCCUCACGUGGCGCCAAAAGGAGGCUGUGAGGGAGAGCUGGGGGAAAAUGAGCUGUGAGUGGAAGACACAUGGCGUCGAGUUCUUCAUUAGACUCGUCAAAACAUACCCCUCCAUUCUAGCAUAUUUCAAGACAUUUGAUGGUAUGGAUUUUGACGCCAUACGCAGCUCACCCAAGCUGCGUGCGCACAUGCUGAACUUCAAACACGGAAUUACAUCAUUUGUGGAUAACCUGGAUGACGUGGAAUGUCUUAUGGUACUGAUCCACAAGAUGACAGAAAACCAUUUCCGGCGGCAGAUAACCAUAAAUGAAUUUCAGGACGCAUUCACGCUGUUCUCUACGUUCAUUCAGGAAGUGACGCAAUGUGAUGACCUCACUGUAGGUGCCUGGACAGCCACAUUGACAGUUAUCUGCACGGUGAUUCGUGAUCACAUGACCUUGCUGCAGUCCCGAGGAGAAGGAGUAUGACAGCGGAUUUUUUUAUAUUAACCACUGAUUGUACUGUGCACAUUGGCACAGUUCGGAAUACAACUGAAGUUGUUUAAUGUAUAAAACAAUUGUGUAAUCUCAUUCAAUAUUAAAUUUGCUUUACCUUUGUAUUACAAUUAGUAUUG